AUGAAAGAAGAGCUGUCGUCUUUUUCCACCACGACGGCAGAUCAUAGCACGUUUGGCCAUGAGGUGGCACGCAGGACAAUGGAGAGGGAGGCCGUGACGAUUCGUAAACACUUGGGGGAGCAGGAAGUGUCCAUAUCUCUGAUCAUCGAGGCUCUGGACGAGGGCGACUUUGGGAACUACUCGUGUUAUGUGGAAAACAGCAAUGGACGAAGACAAGCCAACGUCCAAUUGGCCAAGAAACAGGAGCUGAUGUACACGGUGGAACUGGCUGGAGGACUGGGGGCCAUUUUGCUGCUACUUAUUUUCCUUGUGACGCUGUACAAAUGUUACCGCAUCGAGAUCAUGCUGUUUUACCGGACGCACUUUGGCAGCGAGGACCUGGACGGAGAGAACAAAGACUACGACGCGUAUUUGUCCUACACCAAAGUGGACCCAGACCAGUGGAGCCAGGAGACCCGCGAGGAGGAGCGCUUCGCCCUGGAGAUUCUGCCCGAGGUCCUGGAGAAGCACUACGGGUAUAAACUCUUCAUUCCAGACAGAGACUUGAUCCCCACAGGAAGUUUCACCAAUGAUCAUUUCCAGGAUGACACCAGGCUACUUAGAGCGUACAUCGAGGAUGUGGCACGCUGUGUGGACCAGAGCAAGCGGCUGAUCAUCGUCAUGACGCCCAGCUACGUGGUGCGGCGGGGGUGGAGCAUCUUUGAGCUGGAGACCAGGCUGCGCAACAUGCUGGUGACGGGCGAGAUCAAAGUCAUCCUGAUCGAGUGCGCCGAGCUGCGCGGCAUCAUGAACUACCAGGAGGUGGAGGCACUCAAGCACACCAUCAAGCUACUCACCGUCAUCAAGUGGCAUGGCCCCAAGAGCAACAAGCUCAGCUCCAAGUUCUGGAAGCAGCUGCUGUACGAGAUGCCCUUCAAGCGGCUGGAGGCCCCUCUGACCAUCUCCCACGAGCAGGUGCUGGACGUGAGCGAGCAGGGCCCCUUCGGCGAGCUCCAAACCGUUUCCGCUAUCUCCAUGGCAACAUCCACAGCCAUGGCCACCGCGCACCCCGACCUGCGCACCUCCUUCGGCACGUGCCACACCCAGCUGAGGCAGAAGCACCAGUACUACCGCGGCUACGACUACGACCUGCCACCAGGGGGCACUCUGCCGCCGCUCUCCACCACGCUCGGAAACCAGCACACCUACUGCAACAUCCCCAUGACGCUGCUCAAUGGGCAGAGGCCGCAGGGCCGCUCGCCGCGCCAGCAGAGUAUGGAGGAGAGCCACGCGGGCAACAACGCCAUGCUGCCGCUCCUGCCGCGCGAAACCAGCAUCUCUUCUGUGAUCUGGUGA